AUGGCCAAUUCGAAUAAGGCUUUGGACAUAGCGGCGUUUAAUGCUGUUGAGGAGGUUUUUCGACUUCGAGGCCGCGGAGAAAAGGUGGGCGUUGUAGCAGUUGCCCGCAAGUAUGGGGUGGAUCGAAUGAGGGUUGUACGACGAAUGAAGGGUGUAGGGCCUCGAAGAAGUCGAAUUCCUCCAAAUCGCAAGCUGGAUGAGGCACAAGAAGCAGCUCUUUUGCUAUAUAUCCAUAAUUUGGACGAUAUAGGCCAAUCCCUACGCCUAGAUCAGCUUCGCAGUACGGCAAACUCGAUUCUGAAGCAGGAUUAUACCGGAGAAGAUUCACCGCCUAUUGUAAGUGAUCAUUGGACUCAACGCUUUCUUGAACGCUAUCCUGGGCUUUGUAAGAUGAAGCAGAAGCCCUUAGAGCUUGAAAGAAAGCUUGCUCAUGAUCCAAGAGUAUUUUCGAACUGGUUUAGGCGCUUUCAUCAACUCCGUACGAAGUAUGGAGUCGCGGAUGAGGAUAUUUGGACUUUUGAUGAGACGGGAUUUCGAAUUGGUAUGGGCAAGAGUCAGUGGAUAGUGACCUUUUCGACUUCCAAAAGAGCCUAUCUUGCUUCUGAAACUUGUAGAGAGCUUGUGACCUCUAUAGAAGCUGUCAGCGCUGGGGGUAUAGUUAUUCAACCGAUGCUCAUUCUGCCAGCAAAAACGCAUCUAGAGCGUCAUUUCUCUGAUCUUGAAGAUGACGUGCUCUUGGGGGUCUCAGAAUCUGGAUACAAUAAUAAUGAGCUGGCGUACAAGUAUAUUCAUCAUCUUGAUGCUCAAACUCAGAAGUAUCAAAAGAGUGCUCAUCGAAUUCUGGUUUGUGAUGAAUACAAAAGCCAUUUUACGCGCGAAAUUCUGGAAUACUGCGAGCAGCAGAAUAUCCAUAUCUUCGCUCUACCUCCUCAUACCAGCCAUCUCCUUCAACCGCUUGAUGUUGUACUAUUUCAGCCGUACAAGCAUUUUCAUGCCAGAGCUGUAGACCAAGCAACUCGAUCAGACACGUCUCGUACUCGAUCGAUUCCCGACCAAGACAUCGAUAUAGUGAAUCUGGACGAUAGAGAAGACGACGAAGACAGCAAAGAUUUCAGUGAUGGUAGUAAUAAUAGCAGCAACAGUAGCUAUAACGAUAGCGAUAACAAGAAUGACAGCAAUAGGAUUUCUAUACGAGAUGCGCUAACUGCGGCUGAGUGUCUAGACAAUGACAGCAAUUACAGAGGAUAUGGUAGGAACGACGAUAACAACGAUAACGGGAAUGUUUCCAUGCAAGAUACCCUAAGCCUACUUAUCGUGCAGCAAGUUAAAGUCGGACAGGGACAAAGCACUAAAGGUGAUCUUGUGGCAAUCAUGCCUAUGCAAGAUGCCUCAAGCCUACCUGUCGUGCAGCAAGUCAAAGUCGGACAGGGACAAAGCACUAAAGGUGGUCUUACGGUAAUCAUGUCUAUGUACAGUAUGAUUAAGUCUUUAGCAUCCCAGGGUAAUAAAUACUUUACUACCUUCUUUCUUAGUGGAGGGACAGGUUCUAUCAGUUACCCCAUCUCUGUCUCUGCUGAAAAUAAUACUUUACUCAGAGAAGCCCAGGAUAUUGUAUUGUUCCGAUCUCCCACGAAUAAGGAACCCUCCAUCUCUGGUGAAAAUACCGCUUUACCCAGAGAAACCCAGGAGAUUUUUUUGCCCCAACCUCUUACAAAUGACGAAACUAACUCGCAUAAUCCUACUAAGCACACUACUAUCUUUCUGGGUGCAAGAAGUCCACAGCCUCCGCAGUCUCUGAACACAGACUUCCAAUCCCCUUCAGGUAGUCCAAAAGAUUCCUACAAAGCAUCGCCUUCGAAUAGGCGUAAGCGAAAGUCACCAGAAUCACUAAUCUCAUCGAAUCCUGAUGAUCCCCUCACAAUUCAGACCGGAAUUAAGCAAGUUCUAUAUUUGCUAGAGCGCCUUCAGACUACCGAAUCUCAGAUUCCGCAUUGUCUUGUGUUUGUAUCUUCAACUGAGCCGACCGGGUAUAAGUGGGUUUUCUAUAAUCAGAUACGUGAUUCCUAA